AUGGGUAUACUCCUAACAUCUACACUCCUUCCGCUGUUUGCUGCCUCGGCAUUGGCACAGGGACAGCAGUAUGGAGAGAACCAGGUUAAAGUGAACUUGGACUCGCAGCUGGUGGAACAUACGGCUUUUCCAGAGCCAAAUGUGACUUUGUACAGUCCUGCCUUUUUGCCAAAUGCUUCGUUCGAAGCUGGGUGGACGAAAGGGACCGAGGGCGCCACCACACAGGAUAAACUAGACUCUUUCCUACGCCUCCUCGCAGCCAAGAAUCCAUCAUGGAUGUCUUACAAUGUUACGAACUUUCUUAGCGAGGAGGGAAAGCAAUUUCCCUAUGUCCACCUCUCCAACUCCCCAAGCGCGUCAGCGGGUUUUAGCAAGUCCAACAAAUUAAGAGUAUGGAUCCAGGGAAGCGUUCACGGAAACGAGCCUGCAGGCGACGAAGCAACACUUGCACUACUGGGAGCAAUGGAUGCUGAUCCUCAAUGGGCAGCCGGCUUCCUGGAGAAACUGGACAUCAUCGUGCUCCCGCGGUACAACCCAGAUGGAAACGCCUACUUCCAACGCACGCUGGCUACCAAUUUCGACCCAAACCGCGACCACACCAAGCUCGCGCGCCAGCAAACCCGUGACAUAAAACAAUGGUUCAACAUCUUCGCGCCCCACAUUGCCAUUGACAUGCAUGAGUACGGCGCCAGUUCGCGGUUCGCAGGAAACUACUCCAAUGCAGCAGACGCCAUGUACAGCGCCGCAAAGAACUUGAACAUCCAUCCUACGAUCCGCAGUCUCUCCGAGACAGUCUUUGCGCCCGCUAUUAACGCCUCGCUUAUUUCAAAGGGCCUGCGCGGGGAGCAAUACAUGACUGCAUCGCGUGCUAAUCCGCCCAAAUUCGACGAAGCCGGUACCGAUGCGAAGAUCGGUCGCAACGCCAUGGGUCUAACACAAGCUGUGACAUUCCUCUUCGAAACGCGAGGCAUAGGAAUUGCGAAUCAAUCCUUCAAGCGCCGCACACUAGCGGGACUACAAAUGAUUCUCGGCGUCAUAGAAACAGCGCGUGAUGGCGCUUCUGAAAUACACGCAAAGAUCGAAGGUGCGAUUGAAGAAGGAGUGAAGAGCAAAGACGCCAUCGUAGUCACAGACUAUACCACGUAUACAAACCGCACUUGGACAAUGGUCGAUCGCCGCUCCGGCAAAGUAGUCCAGGUCCCCGUUGAGUUCGCCAGCACUACGCCUGCAACUGCGAAUCUCACGCGCGCCAGACCCGAAGGCUACGUGAUUCCUCGCGCGUGGUCCGAUCUCGCUGAGCGUCUCCGCGUCUCGGGGCUCGACGUUGAAACUUUGCCCGGUGUUUUCACUGGUGAGGUGGAGGUGUACAAUAUCACCUCCUCCAGCCUAGCACGUGUAUACUACGAGGGCGCCGUCCUGAACGAGGUGACUACGGAGACGCUGAAAAGGGAAGUAACGUUGCCCGCGGGCAGCUUUUUCGUCAGUAGUGCGCAGAAGAAUGCGGGGUUGGCGUUUGUGACCUUGGAGCCGGAGAAUAUUGAUUCGUAUGUUAGCUUUGGCAUUGUGCCCAUGGAAGUUGGCGACCUCUACCCGGUGUUUAGAAAGAUCUAG